AUGGAGACCAAACUCCCAGACGCUGAAAGCAACGCCGUGUCGGCGGGCUCGCGCAAUGAUGAAAUUGACCCUGCCAUUGAGAAGUCGCUUGUUCGGCGGCUGGAUCUUGUUCUUCUUCCAACGUUAGCGCUGCUAUACCUGACCCACACCCUUGACCGCGCGAACCUGGGUAAUGCGAAGACCGCAACUCUGGACGCGGACCUCAACCUCGUUGGGAACCAAUACAGCCAAGUUCUCAUCUUCUUCUACGUGCCGUACAGCAUCUUCAACAUUCCGGCGACAGUUCUCGCUAACCGGUUCAACCCCUCAGUGGUCUUGCCCUUGCUAGCCAUUGGAUGGGGUGGUCUCGCAAUGAUCACGACGGCUGUUAAGAAUUUUGAAGGGCUGUUGGCUUGUCGAUUGAUUCUAGGUAUGAUGGAGGCGGGCUUCAUGCCAUGUGCGGUGUUUUAUUGCUCGCUGUUCUAUACCCGGAAAGAGCUGGCCUUCAGGCUGAGCUUUUUCUAUAUUAUGGGUUUUAUCGCGGGUGCGAUCGGUGGCUUGAUCGCAUAUCGAGCGUUCCAGUGGGAUGGACCACUAAGGGGCUGGCAAUACCUUUUCCUAAUUGAGGGAGCAAUGGGCGUAAGCGUCGGCGCCUGGGCACUCUUCUGGCUUCCACGCGAUGUGUCGAGCUCGCGAUUCUUCACAGAAGCCCACAAGCACUGUGCUUCACAGCGCAUGGCAUACGAGAAGGCAGAAGUGUCCUGGAUUAAGGGCAUGCAAGUGUUGCGCGACUGGAAAGUCUGGGCUCUUGCGAGUGCUGUCUUUCUUUGCGGGGUUGGAAGUGCGAGUAGUUCAAAUUUCUUGCCAGUCAUGAUCAAAAGACUAACGAAAGAUACUGUUCGCGCGAAUCUGCUAACAAUUGGGCCCAACCUCGUCGCAGCUGCGACCAUGAUGACAGUCUCCUGGUUCUCAGAUCGCACACAGCAACGUGCGUACUUUGCCAUCGGCCCGAUUGCGAUCGCGCUGGUAGGCUGGGUGCUCCUCGCUUCCCUGAACCUGAUCCACAGGACCGAGUUGGGCUACUUCUUCACCUAUUUGACCACAGGUGGAACUUUCAUCCCGCUUCUUCUCAUCCCUGCUUGGGUAGGCGCGAAUACGCGGUCGACAUCUGAGAGAGCGGUUGCGCUAGGGUUGCUCUCAAUGUUUCAGAACCUCGGCGGAAUCGUGUCAAGUGGUGUGUACCGGGCGCAGGACGCGCCAAUUUAUCGCCCUGCGCUCUUGACGGUUUCCGGGUGCUUGGGAGGGUUCUUGGUUAUCACUGUUGUUAUGCGUUUUGUGUAUGCGAAAUUGAAUCGGGAGUUGAGGCAAGGGCUGCAGGAGGGGCCAAAGGGUUUGGAACCCGGGGCGAGGUAUAUGGUUUAG